AUGCCCCGCAAAGAAGGAGGAAUAGAUGUGAUUGAAACCUGUGUGUUUUGGAAUGUUCAUGAGCCUUCCCCUGGCAAUGGUUAUUUCUGUAGACUCCUCAUAUUUGAUAACAUAGAGAAUGGAAGCUUAAAGGAGCAUCUCAAUGAUCCCUUGAAGACUCCCUUAAAUUGGAGGACGAGGUUGCAGAUUGCUAAUGAAGUUGUAGCAGCACUGGUGGUUUAUGCCAGUGAACAUUCUCAUUACAUUUAUAAUAAGGUCAAUUUUGGGAUGGAUCCUAGUCAAAAUCACAAGGGCUCCCAAAAACCUAGCAGGUUUGAUAAUUGGUGUCUGUUCUGCAGGAAACUUAGGAAACUUGCCUAUAAUCAUUAUCCCAACUAUAUGCAAAGAUAAAGGUAGCCUUUUUGGAGAUCCUGAUGUCUGCUACAAAUAUGGGAUGGCAUAUGCUUCACUAUCUAUGGCUGUGUUCGAGAUGAAAAAGUUGAAAGUUCAUAACUGGAAAUUAGCCAACGGUGCAAUGCCAUACCUUCAGCACUUACUGAUUGAUUUUCGUCGACAGUUGGAUGAUCUCCCAAAUGAAAUGUGGUCUUUGAUUGUCUGAGACAAGUGCAUAUUUUGCUACCCUCUGAAGCAUUGUCUCUCAG